UCCUCUACCGGUUACGGAAGAUUAAUUAAAAAAAAACAGGCGCCGACUUUCAUCUUCCGGAAGAGUCUCCGCCGGUUUUCUCAGCGCUGCAGCGAUGGUGUCCUCCGUGGUCGCGAAAUUGCUCGGCCCCAGCCUGGCGCAGGGCCUCAAACUGUGGAUCCCUUCAGGGGCGACGUGGGGAGGAGUUUGCGGAGUGACGCUUGUCUACCUAACCGACUGGAGGCUCAUCCUCGACUACGUGCCAUAUGUCAAUGGCAAGUUCAGCGAGAAAGACUGAAGGAGCUCCGCAGGGGAUAUGAAGCAUCAGCCAACGCUUGUACGGGAUUUCUCCAGGCUGCGUCUCCAUCCACCGUUCACUAUGCUUGGCUUCGCCGGAAAUGGGUGCAGCGUUUUCCCCCCUUAACAAAUAACAUGGCUAAUCUGUGACUGGUUUCUCUAUUUAAAAGUCCAGAUAAACAACAUUUACUUUCAACUACUGUGCUGUAUUUAGAAACUUGCUUUGAAAAUAAAAUGUAUUUACUGGCCAA